AUGUUGAUAAUAAGUAUGGUCUCACGUCAAAGGAUCUCGACGAUAAUAUAGGAGCAGUCAGAGCCAAUUUUGCUGACAAUCCAGUCGACGUCUCGCUCAACGAUGAAGGACUCUACUUUGCUUUCAGUUGGGUGGCUGGAAAUAACAAUGAAGUUGAUAUUAUUGGAGAAAAGCUAGGGAUCAUAGGUGUUGCCAUGCAAAGGACCGUCAAUGAAAAUGAAGUCAAUGCUGAAACCUCUUUUGAAGUUGAAAAAUGUAACAACUCUACUUUCCCAUACGAUCUGUCUGACCCUAAGAAUCAGAUUUACCACAGUUACCCAAUGUACUGUGCCAAGCGAAGCGAUUUGUACAAAAUCGUCAACGAGAAGAAGAGAAAUGAGAAUGGAGAUAUUCCCUUGAGCACUAUUGGAGGCUUCAAUCUUGUAGCUUAUUUAUGAGACGAAUUAAUAUGUACACAAGAACAGAUCGAUAGGGUACAGUACCAAUAUACAUCUUUGUACAUUCAUACAAUCAGUAAGUAUUACGACUCCUUCGACCCAGUGGAGCCAGUCAAAACUUAUGUGAAGACGCAAUAUGAAAUAACAAUGAGGUACAAAUACAAUACCAUCAAUGAUUAUAACCUUGUCAGGUCUCAGUAUAGCAUCAGUGAUUGGAAUUCUGUAUUUUUAGGUGAAAAGACUGGUGAAUUUUUGGAUUUUGAUCCUUCGAGUAAAAUGCAGACAGCUGUUUCAGGGAAUGAUACUUAUGUUGCUGCUAAGUUUACAAUGUCAGAUGUUAUCACAGUGCACGGUACAAGUGUUAUUAGUAUUCUUGACAUAUUCGGCCAGAUAGGAGGUCUUUAUGAAAUCCUUUAUCUGUUGGCAUCUUUGUUCAUCAGGAGGAUAUCAACUAUAUUGUACAAAAGAGACAUACAAGCGAUUGAAAAACAGAUCAAGAAUCGAGAUGGAUGGUUUACAUAUCCAUCUUCACGAGAUACCCGCAAAUCUCGCAAAAGAAAGAAGAACAGGAUACUUAACUUACAAUUUGAUCACCAACCUUUGAAUAAUAAGCCAGGCUCACUGGAGAAAAAUAUGAGGAAGUCUACUUUUCAUAACAUAGACUCUGCCGCUCAAGAGCCUAAAACAUCCAGCAAACUCAAAAAGAUUGAGAGUAUCAGGAGACAGGUUCAUUUACACAAGGAGCUGGUCAAAGAGUUGGACACUGUGAACAUUUCACAGUCUCUGAGUGAACUCAAAAUGUAUGUGUCCUACCUCCUCGAUAAAGACAAACAUGGAAGCAUUGAAGGCUCGGAGAUCCAGCCCGAGAAUGAGUCUGAGAAUAUUUAAUGAAGAUACCAUAAAGUACCCGAGAAGAGGACUCUAUGAGAUUAAACAGUUUAUCCUCAAGAGAAAGCAAGAUUUCUACAAGAAGAAAGCAGGUAACGACAGUGGAACAGACAGAGAGGAGGAGAAGCAGCAGCUCAGGGAUCUUCAGAUUGACGAACCCUAAGCUCUACUGUGAUGAUUACGAUAGCUUUGGGCCUAUUAAGGUCUAAUGUUUGCAAGCAAUAUUCAUGGAGCAAUAUUCCUACAAAGCUAUUAUUGAAUAUUUUCUA